CUGCCAGGCCCGAGACUAGGGCCGAGGUCCUCAGGGUCGCGGGGAGCCUGCCGCAGGAGUGGCGAAGGUGGACACAGAAAGCGGGACAUAGAGGCCGGAGGAGACCGGACGGAGAUCUCACCAUCAUCCCAGGUUAAAUUAUUCCAAUAUCUAUUCACAAUUUUAUAAAGGUAAAGACAAAAAUAAUACACUAUGUCUGAUGAAGUUUUUAGUACAACUUUGGCAUAUACAAGGAGUCCAAGAGUUACCAAAAGAACUACUUUCCAGGAUGAACUAAUAAGAGCAGUUACAGCUCGCUCAGCCAGACAGAGGAGUUCUGAAUACUCAGAUGACUUUGACAGUGAUGAGAUUGUUUCCUUAGGUGAUUUUUCUGAUACCUCAGUAGAUGAAAAUUCAUUUAAGAAAAAAGUGAAUGAUUUUCAGAUAUCAGAUGAUGAAGAAAAGAAUUCUCCAAGACUGUCUUUUUUAAAAACCAAGAAAUCAAACAGUGACAUAAUCAAAGAUGAAUCAGUAUGUGCCAUCAAAAAUGAUGACGAAAUGGCAUGUGAUGGUUGUGAAGAUGUAGUUGUAAAUUCCUUAUCUGAUUCUCAAAAUAAAGACCAGGAAAUUGAAAAAGAGAAAAUUGAAGUGAAACCUAAACCCAGAAUUCUUUCAAUCAAAAGUUCAUCUUCAGCAGAAAAUGGCACCAACUUUGAAACAGAUGACCACUUUAAACCUUCACCUCGGCCGAGGAGCAUAUUAAAAAAUAAUAUCCAUGUGGAGGAGAAUGAUAGAUUUGGAGAAGAUAAGGAAACUGCCCUCAGUGAAGAAUUGCAAUCAUAUUCUGUACCUUCUUCCCUUUCAAGAUUGAAUGACCAACAAUUAGAAGCUGAGAAAGAAACAUACUCUGAAAACCUUGCGCCCGAGGAUCCAAGUCUAUUACCAUCAUCGCUUAAGGAAAGUCUUGAAGAUUCUUUUUCACCAGGAUCUGAGGGAAAAGCAUCCGUAAAAGUUCAGAAUGAAGAAUUCGCUGAAAACCAUAAUUCCCUGAAAUCAGAUGAAGUGGAAGAGAAUUCAUUUUCGAUAGACUUAGUCACUACUGUGCUUGAGAAAUCUAAGGAAAGUCAAGAAACUGCUGAUGACCUUGAAGAAGAAAAGGAGAAAGCUGAACUGAGUAUGGAAGAUGACUCAGCAGUGGAUCCACUACUAUCUGAACCUCAGGGUAUCUUAAUAUCCACCAAGGCCACAGAAUCCACAAAGAAAACAACUGAAGAUAGAAAUAUGAAGAAUGCCAAGUCAACAAAUAAUAGAGCGUCCAGUGCAUCUGCCAGAUUAAUGACCUCUGAGUUUUUAAAGAAAUCUAAUUCUAAAAGGAGAACUCCAUCGGCAAGUACCUCUUCUCACUAUUUAGGGACUUUGAAAGUCUUGGACCAAAAGCCUUCACAGAAACAGAACAUAGAACCUGACAAGGCAGAUGCCAUCAGGGCAGCUGUUUAUCAGGAAUGGUUAGAAAAGAAAAAUACAUAUUUACAUGAAAUGCACAGAAUAAAAAGGAUUGAAAGUGAAAAUUUGAGGAUCCAAAAUGAACAGAAAAGAGCUGCUAAGAGAGAAGAAGCAUUAGCAUCAUUUGAGGCCUGGAAGGCUAUGAAAGAAAAGGAAGCAAAGAAAAUAGCUGCAAAAAAGAGGCUUGAGGAAAAAAACAAGAAGAAAACAGAAGAAGAAAAUGCUCUAAGGAAAGGGGAAGCACUACAAGCUUUUGAAAAGUGGAAAGAGAAAAAGAUGGAAUAUCUUAAAGAAAAAAAUAAAAAAGAGAAAGAAUAUGAAAGAGCAAAGAAACAGAAAGAGGAAGAAAUUGUUGCUGAGAAAAAGAAAGAUAAUUUAACUGCUGUUGAAAAAUGGAAUGAAAAAAAAGAAGCUUUUUUCAAGCAAAAGGAAAAAGAAAAAAUAAAUGAGAAAAGAAAGGAAGAAUUGAAAAGAGCUGAGAAAAAUUAUAAAGACAAACAAGCUAUUAAUGAAUAUGAAAAAUGGCUGGAAAAUAAAGAAAGGCAGGAAAGAAUUGAACGAAAACAAAACAAACGUCAUUCCUUUCUUGAAAAUGAAGCACUUCCUCCAUGGAGCCCUCCAAGCAGAACUAUAUUCUCAAGAGUGUUUUGAUGAUUCUACUUCUUACUUAUUUAGCUAUUUAUCAAUUUGCCAAUUUUAGCCAGGUAUUUAAGAAUGUUUAUUGAAUUAUUUUUAGUUAGAAGAAUCUAUUUUGAUUAAAUGCCAGACUCUUCUACUGACAAUGAAAAGAUACUUUGGAGUUAUUCAGUGAAAACAUUUGUGAACUGUAGAUAAACUGCCUCAAAUACAAGGUAAUAAUCAGAUUGUCUGUACCAUUAAAAUAUAUAAAGUUUUGUCAUGCCUUGGUAAUUCCUCCAGGGGAGUGAUUCAUGAUCUCCUCACUAAGCUGGGCAUGUCAUUUAAGUAUAUUUAAUCUAAAUAAUAAAAUCUAGGUACUGUAAUCAUAGAAGUAAUCCAACAUGUGGAUGGUACGCAUCUUGAUUCGGGUUUGUAAAUGAAUGGUUGUUCUAAAACUGAUUUUCUUUGCCAAGCAGUUACGUUCAUACUGUGCAAGUUAGAAUUUUGGUCAAUUGAGGCAAUAGCUCAGGAGAACUUAAUCAUUGAGGCGUUUUAUUUAGGAAUUUUGCCUCAUAUUUUAAUAUGAGUGUACUUUAUUCCAAGGCUUACAUGACAAUCAUAGGCACUGUAUAAUGAACCCAUCAGUGAAAUGUUUCUUUCUAGAUUCUAUUUCACUUUAUAAUUUCAGUGACCAAAAGACAUUAUUUUCAUGGUAGUGGUUAUCUUGCACAUUAGUUAUAGAAAUUCCAUAGGAAUAGGACUUCAAGAUGAUUGUCACUGUGGUUAUUUUCUAGACUAAAGCCAUAAACACGAUUAAAGUAAUUGUCCUUUUAACUAAGCCAGAGUUUUAUAGCUGAUUUUAGAUGACAGCUGUAUGCAAAGAUAAAUUUGUAGAGAACAUCCAGAAAAAUAUUAUUUAUUUAUUUGUUUUCUGUAUGUCCUUGUAUUAAUUGGUCUCAUGCUUAACCUGGUCAUCUAAUUUAGGACACACCAAGUAUAUAUUCUUGGAAUUCAGCCUAGUCAGUCGUGCAGUGCAGAGAUGAUAGAUAAAAAUAGUUAACUAUUAACUACCUACUGUAUCAUCUCUGCUGGAUCAUUAAAAUGACUAUUCAUAUUAGCUUCAAUUUACAGACAAAAAAGCUGAGGCUUAGAGAAAGCAAAUAACCCUUCAUAUGUAUGGAGGAUGACUGAGUUAGGAUCAGAACUGAUUCAGUCUGUUGACUGAAUCUGCUUCUGCCAGAAUCCCUUGUUCUUUUUUACACUCCCAUGUGGUCUCAGAGAAUUAUAAGUUCUGUCAAUCUUGCAAACACAUUUUAAGUUUUAGAGCAAAGUUUUCUUAAUUAAAGAAAAUAAGAACUAUUCAUGGCAUAACAAUAUUCUAGUCAUUUGUAUUGUUUCACAAGUGGAAAAUGAUAGUUCAUAUAUUGAUUUAAAUUGUAUUGAAACUGAUCUUUUUCAGUAUUGCCAAAGCAGUACCUGAUAGUAGUGAGGUUUCCACAGUUGUGUGUUUCUUCUAUAAAGUGAUUAUAACUGUAUUCCUUAGAGUGAUUGGUAGUGUUAUCCAGAGAUUAUCUUUCCCUAAAGAAACAGCUGCUUGUUAUUACAUGGUGGAACUCAUUAAAUCUGUAAAAUGAAAUAAGAAUUCAUAGGAUUUAAGGAGUGACUCAGACAUCUUCUAAUAGUGGAAUCUAAAAAAACUCACAUUAUGUAACAGCGGCUUUGAGAGAGUCAGAUUUCACACACUGAGCAUGAACCCUCUGGUAGCAUGUAGGCAAGAUAGGAAAGACGCCAUGGACCCCCUUGUAAGAUCAUUAUUGGUGCUAUAGACAAAGUAUGUUGUAUAGACAAACCUAAAAGCCUUUUUACAUUGCUCAGUCUAGGAGAAUACUUCAUGAAAUUAAAAUUAGUACCAGAAAUACAUAUUCUCAGCAUGUGAUUUAGGACUUCCCUUAUUUGUUCCUGUGUCCCCAUAGUGCCAAAAAUGCCUACCAGAAUAGAUUAAGUACUUAUUGUAUUGAAUUAGCCAUUAAGAACUAAAAAUAUAUUUUCAAAUUCCAAGUAAGUAAAAGGAAAAUUGAAAAAGGUAUAGCUACUUUGGGGGACAUGAGAUCAUGAAUGUAUGUGUCAUAGAUUUCACAUUAAUUAGUUGCUUUAACCUGCAGAUCAUUUUCUUCUACAUUAUCAUAUUUAGUGGCUAACCAUUAUUACCUCUUAAGUUGUUAUGAGAAUUGAAUGAUUAUUAAUUAAUGUAGAGUAUUUGCACAUAAUAAGGACUUAAAUGUUCAUUGUUGUCAUCAUUUACUACCAUGAGCCCCACUUCUUGAUUGUGAAAAGGUUAACUUAGAGUUGAUAAUGGUUAUUUGACAUUUUCCAUUUUUAGCAUACAAGAAGAAAUUUCUGCCUUGCUGGAAGUUUAGGCUGUACCACUCAAAAGAGAACAGAGAGGUGGCUUUGUUUUAGAAUCCUUCAUAAAGGAAAACUAAAUAGUAAUUUCUUUGGGUUGCUUCUGAAGUAGGAUGACCUGAGAGACUGAGGUGUUUACACAGACCCAACAAGUUGUUUCCCUCAAGUGUGAAUGGACUCUUUUACCUUAGAGUGAUAAAUAGUAUAUUAUUUGCUGUUUGCAGCAACCUGUGCUGAAUUUAUCUAGUUAAAUAAAAGCACCUCUUCUAGCAGAAAUAAAGCAAAGCUGAGUUUUGAGGGACAGGUAAAAAUACAGUGCUAGAGUUUACUUUCUCAGAUCUUUGUAAAGGAGAAAGUCAAGCUAGACAGAAAUCUUCUCUUGAAUAUAUUUAUUUAAGGGUAUGAUUUCCCCAUAUUUCCUCAGAAAGUAUCUAAUCCACAUAGGUAUUUACUCAUUAGGUUUUAAUUGAUUUAUAGUAUGAGGGAAUGUGUAAUUCAAAUUAGGGACAUUAAAAGGGUAUAUAGACUUUCAUAUUGAACUUCCCAUUCUGUAAAUUGCAUUAAACACUUGAAGAAUGCAGAGAUUUAACGGUAAUGAAAAUAGGAAUUUUAUGAAUAUUUUAAAGUAUUACUCAGUACUGGUUUCCUAAGAAAGCACAUCUGUUGAUAAAUUAAAUAUUAAUACUAAAAAAUAAACAGAAUGCAGAAUUCUACAUUCCAAGAGAUGGUAAUCCUACAUAAAUUUUUUAAAUGGCUUUUUAGAUCAAUAGGAAGUCAAAGUUUUCUUAAUUAAAGAAAAUAAGAGCUAUUCAUGGUAUAACAAUAUUCUAGUCAUUUUUGUUUCAAAAGUGGAAAACGAUAGUUCAUAUAUUGUUUUAAAUUGUAUUGAAACUGAUCUUUUUCAGUGUUGCCAAAGCAGUACCUGAUAGUAGUAAGGUUUCCACAGUUGUAUGUUUCUUAGAGUGAUUAUAACUAUGCAUCUGAAUGGUAUUUUAAUAAACCUGGUCCAAUCUCAUUUCUAAGUUGAAGAAACUGAUUUCCAAGGAGUAUGACUUGCCUCAUCUCAUACAACUAACCAUAAGACAUCUAGAGUUAGAACUCUGGCUUUACAUUUUACAGUUGUGUUCCACUCACAACUUCACAAUUUCAAUAAUCUGAUAAAACUUUCAUGGUAACUUUUUAACUGUGGUUAUUAUUAAUUAAUUUAAUUGAUUCUUAUCCUCUUACCUGUUUCCUUAUUCCACCUCUGCUUUCUCCAAAACUGUCCACCAUGUGAAAGUUGUUUGGGUGAGAAAUGGUGAAGUUUCUUAAAUUCUGUGUCAUGUACUAAGAUACAAUACAGAAAAGAAAUUUCACAAAAUAGGGAAAUUCCAUGUUAGUCAUAAUUAUUCCCAAGAAUAAACUAGUACAGGAAACUUAGAUUUCCUUAAUUUAAUCUUGGCUGUGAUUCCAAUAGUGCUGUAUUAAAAAGUGCUUAAAUCCAUAUGCUUCCCAAGUGAAAUUUUGCAAGAAUGGAUAAGGAUCACCACAUGUAUUCACUGAUUGGUAAACACCCAUGUGUACAUUUGGUAGUAAAACUCAAUGGAAAGUAAGCAGACAAGAGGGGUAAAUUCACACCUAAAUGGGGGUGAAAGGCACACUUUCUGGGUGAAGGGCUCACUUAUAAUUUUGACUUAAACUGUACAAAAGCAAUUGAUGUAACAAAACAUUCGUACCCUCAUAUUCUGAAAUUAAAGAAAUAAAUGUUGUAGUAUUCUGAAAUUUAAGAAAUAAACCUACUUGCUUCCAUUCUACAUAAAACAAAAGUAUAUAUUAUCAACUUUCCUAGUUACCAUUUAGUCUUGAUGAUAAAAUAACAAAAUGCUAUGUAAAUGCUAAACUAGAGGAUUCUCUAAGUUAUUUUUACUUUAAAACCUCAUGUAAUUCUGCCAUUUGUAAAUAUGUUACAUGUAUUUGUAUAAUGUUAACUUGAGUAGACAAAAUCCCUGGUAUGGAAUUUAGGAUGUUUUAAAAAUCAGUAAGAUAUAUUUAAUGUCUCUUUGGAGGUAGCAUGUUCGCUUAUAAUACUUAAUUUAUUAAAAUCAACCAUUCAAGAUUUAUUUGGAUUAUAUUAUUUAUUGUGUGCCAAAAUUUUUAUAGUGUUAAGAAAUGUGGUGUGAGUUUUAUUUGCAGGCUAAGGAUGAAAUAAUCAUAUUAUAUAAAUAUACCUUGUAGUAGAAAUGACUAAAAUUUUGAAUAUAAAAGUGAAUUUUUAAUAUACAAAUUAUAAAGAUAGUAUCAUUAUAUAAUUAGAAAAGGCAAAUAAGCAAAAUCAACUGUGCUUCCAACUCCUACAGAUAAUUGUAAUUAUCUUUUCCAGUUAAUUAGUUUCCAGUGCAUUUCCACCCUGUAACUGAAAUUAAGCUGAGACUGAAGAGAUAGUUCCCUUUGUCUCUAUCUCUAGUUCUGUAUGUGUGAAUAU